CGGCAGCCGUCUGCUUCGCAAUUCUCUGCACCAACCCUCCCAGAAUGCGUUUCUUCGCCGCGAUCACCGCCCUCCUCGCCAUUUUGGCCACGGCCACAGCCGCUCCUUCCGGUCUCUGGGGCGCCCACGGCGUCGCCCUUGGGGGCCCGGUCCUAGGGCCGGCAGCACUGGCGGGGCCAGUCGUGGGCCCAGCGCGGCUUUCCGGCCCCGUUGACGGCGGUGCCCUCGUUUCCGGUGCCGUCGCCGGACCCGCCGUCGUGACCGGAAGUGUCGCUGGUCCCGCAGUCGUUUCUGGAUGGGGAGCGCCGGUCCUCGGAUGGGGAGCCGGACACGGUGUCGCAGGGGCCGCACUUCACGGCGCAGUUUCGGCACCGGCGGUCGUCGCAGGACCAUCUGGCAGCAUCGUCGUCGGGCCUGCCGGACACGGUGGUAUUGCCCAGGGGUGGGCGGGACAUUGGUGAACCGGAAUCACCCCCGAGUAACCGAAUUCCAACCCUCGACGAGCGACCGACCCGACCUCACAAGCUGACCGCCUAACGAUCUCCGUCACCAGCUACCCCGCACACAAAUGUUUACCCUCUUAGCUGCAGCGAACCUUUGACAAUAUACCUACCCGAUGUAAUAACUCUUUGUACAUAACCUUAGCUCUUCUGUCUCCGAUCUCCCUUUUACCACCUUUCUUUAAUAAACUCGCACUUUCAAAGCAA